AUGAGUUCCAGUGAAAUUGCUGCAAAUGGAUGGACUGCUGUCCCAGUCGAUGCCGGAAAGAUCUUCAGUAAUGGACCUUAUAUCAACGAACGUGAGUACAUUGACGUUCAAAGCAUUCAGUUCCCGGACGAUGACCCAAUCGUCAAGAAGACCCAGCAACAUGCCAAAGAUAAGUUGCUGAAGCAGACUUAUAACCAUUCCAUGAGAGUUUACUACUGGUCUACUGUCAUUCUCCGACAGCAGUUCCCAGAGCAUGCCAAGACUCUUUCGCCUUCGACACUGGCACUGACUUGCCUCCUCCACGACAUCGGGACCACGGACGAGAACAUGUCUUCAACUCGUCUCUCGUUUGAGUUUCAGGGUGGCUUCCAAGCUCUCAACCUGCUUCAAGAGACCGGCUCUACCAAAGACCAAGCCGAAGCGGUUUGCGAGACGAUAAUCCGUCAUCAAGACCUUGGCACCGAGGGAAACAUCACCUUCCUCGGACAGCUCAUUCAACUAGCUACGAUCUAUGAUAACGUGGGUGAACAUCCCAACGUGAAGGACUUUGGGAAGAUUAUUCAUGAGCAGACGCGCGAGGAAGUCAACAACGCUUUCCCACGUGAGGGAUGGCUGGGAUGCUUUGCGGCGACGAUUCGAAAGGAAGAGGAGUUGAAGCCGUGGUGUCAUACUACUCACAUCCCCAGGUUUGCUGAGCAGGUUGAAGGGAAUCAACUACAGAAGCCAUAUGAGUAA